CUGAAGUGAGUCCUUGAGUGGGUGAUAGUUUUGCUUUGUGGAAAGUUGGUUGUGAGACAGAGGGAGUGGGUGAGAGAGAAAGGAGGAGGGAAGGGUGCGUAAAAGAGAGGGGAGAGUUUUGAAUCCCUCCCGGGAGGCUGUUGUUACAAUACAAGACGUUGAGAGCAAUCAGAGAGCCAGAAGAAGCAGAGAGCCAGAAGAAGCAGAGAGCCAGAGAAAGCAGAGAGCCAGAGGAAGCAGAGAGACAUACAGUGGAUAAAAACAAGACAACUAGAGAGGUUGACAUAAUGUUACCAUUUGACACUCUCCUCAUCUGUCGUCACCAAGGAGACACGACUGUAAACAGGAAAGAGAUCUGAGGAUUUACACAAAAUCUGUCGUUUAAGCGGUAAAGGAGAGCUCACAAGCCUGUGGUAAGAGGAUUCAAGUGCCACAUCAAACUGCAUUUCUUUAUGACGUUAAAGAUGAUGAUCACUCAGAUUACAGGUUUCUGUGUCUGGGCCUUCAGAUGGUAUUUCUGUCUGUCAGCUCUAUAUAGAAGACACUAGAACAAGCUCUUCCACUGCCAGUUAACAGAGCAAAGGAUGUGGCUGUUUGUGGGUGUGGCAUUUCUGUGCCACUGUGUGAUAGGUCAGUUGUUGGAUGCCAAGGUGAGAGGAGCUCCGCCUCGUCUGAUCUGCAGUGUUCCGGGGUUGCCGGGGACACCUGGUAAACCUGGCCCCAAUGGGCCUCCAGGGGCCGAUGGGAACAUGGGAAUCCCAGGAAGAGACGGGAGAGAUGGCAGGAAGGGAGAGAAAGGAGAGAAGGGAGAAGCAGGUGGCAAGGGGAAAGUCGGCCCAACGGGUAAACUUGGCCAGCGGGGUGACCGUGGUCCUGGAGGGAAGAGAGGUCCUAAUGGAGAGAGGGGGGAUGGGGGCCAACCGGGACCCCUGGGGCCCAUUGGGGAGAAAGGGGACAAGGGCCAACAAGGACCCAGGGGGACAGCAGGUGUAUGCAGGUGUGGCAGCCUGGUGCCUAAAGCAGCCUUCUCCGUGGGGAUCACCAGCAGCUAUCCUGCUGAGAAAGAACCCAUCAAGUUCAACAAGGUCCUAUUUAACGAGGGUGGCCACUAUAACCCAGCUACUGGAAAGUUCAUCUGCGCCUACCCGGGCGUCUACUACUUCUCCUAUGACAUCACCCUGGCUAACAAACACCUGGCCAUUGGGCUGGUACAGAACGGACAGUACCGCAUCAAGACCUUUGAUGCCAACACAGGGAACCACGACGUGGCCUCCGGGUCCACAGUGAUGUUCCUCAACCCAGAGGACGAGGUAUGGCUGGAGAUCUUCUUCCCGGGCCAGAACGGCCUCUUCACGGACGCAAGCUGGUCUGACAGUUUGUUCUCUGGCUUUCUGCUCUAUGCAGACACCAACUACUUGGAUUCACUUGCAGAGGAUUAUGCAUAAGCUCAUCAUGCUCCGUUCAGUAUUGAGAGUACCACGGUUAUAGCCUCACUUUGAUGUGUCAACAGUAUGGAUUUCAUCAUGUAGUAUUUAUGCUCUAUAUAAAUAUGUGGUUUCUGUCUAUGUGUAUAUAAGAAAAAAUAUAGAAAUAUCUAAGUGAUAAUAAGCUAGGAUUUGAAUGCUUCCUGAACACAUGUCAUGGUAAGCUUACUGCCAAGUACUGUACAUUCGAUGGUGUAGUGACAUUCGAGUGUGGUGACACAAUGAACACUCUCAAGCCCUAAGCAUAACGUAACACAGAUGUAAAAGUUAGAACUGAAUGUAAUGACCCAGUUCAUCUCUAUCGCUACAAACAUUACAUUUCACGACCUUCAUAAUAUCACACAAAAUACUAGAUAAAUGGAAGAUACUGUGACUUCAGCUAAGUAAUCAAGUAGUCAUUCUACAAUCCAGUGAUUCCCUUUGAGGUAGCUGAUUCAGAUCUGUGUGGGUUAGAAUCUUCCUCAUCUUGGGAUCUUAGGCAUGAUCCCUGGGUUUUUGGAAACUAUUGUAUUUAUGUUCCUUUUAUGUUUCCCAUCGGAGAAGAGGGUUAAUAGGUUUCAGGUACCCACAAUAACAGAAAAACAAACGUCUGUGUGUACAGUAUAGUACAGAGGUGUCAAACCGCUUCCACGGAGGGCCGUGUG